CUUCGCCCGCAAUUUUUUCGAAGGAUAAAGGGCUACAUAGACACCACCAUGCCUCCCAAACGCAAAAGAUCCUCAGCCAUAGCUCCGGAAGCUUCAACCGAUGGGCCAGCCCCAGAUCCCCAUGAUAAUCUCGUUCCUCCACCAGCGAGUAUAUCUACAACCAAAGCCCCGACCCCAAAACGACGGACUUCUCGUCGCUUCAAUAUUGAUACAAACCCAGACCGUAAUACGGAAAUUAUAGAUGGGAAAACGGCACUGCGGGCAAGCCCAGAUUCAGUUGAGAACGAAGAAGUCUUUGAAGUAGACAAAAUAGAUGGUGGGACUCCUAAGCCAGCCAAGAGAAAUGAUACCAGGGGGACUUUUCCAGCAGAAGAUAGUGAUUCCCCACUUUCAGACAUCCCGACAGAGAUCCCUGUAUCUGCACCACCGCGGAAGCGGAAGAAACCACCCUCAAGUAGUUCAAAUGCUGCAAAAGGGGGGGCUAAUGAGACGCAGGCUCCGAAAAGGGAGUCUUCUGCAAACAAAGCAGCAGUGUCAAAGGCAGAGGAGGUAGAUGGUGAUGAAUCGGUUGAGAGGCAAGAUCCAGACGGUGAUGAGGCUGUUCCUUCCGAGGAUUUGGAUACUAUGAAGAAGGAAGCAGGAAGGCCACCUCCUGUUAAUAGUGAUUAUCUCCCACUUCCUUGGAAAGGCAGGUUAGGAUAUGCAUGUCUGAAUACUUAUCUUCGACAUUCCAACCCUCCCGUAUUCAGCUCUCGAACCUGUCGUAUUGCCUCCAUCCUGGAGCACCGACACCCUUUGAAAGAUCCAACUCAGCCAGAACAUCCUACCAAAAAUCGUCCUGAUAAAACGCAGCCUGCAUCUAUUGAGAGGGGGCAGCGAUGGGUGGAAGAGCUGGGACUGGCCAAUGCCAGAGACAUAGUGAAGAUGCUGAGAUGGAAUGACAAAUAUGGGAUCAAAUUCAUGAGAUUGAGUUCUGAGAUGUUCCCGUUUGCUAGUCAUUUGGAAUAUGGGUACAGACUUGCUCCUUUCGCAAGCGAGGUUUUAGCAGAAGCAGGAAGAGAGGCAGCUAGAUUGGGACAUAGGCUGAGCACUCAUCCUGGACAGUUCACGCAGUUGGGAUCUCCUCGCCCUGAAGUAAUUGCAAACGCCAUUCGCGACCUGGAAUACCAUGAUGAGAUGCUUAGCCUCCUAAAGCUCCCUCCCCAAUCUGACCGGGAUGCAGUCAUAAUCCUUCACAUGGGCGGCACCUUCGGCGACAAAGCCGCAACGAUCGAUCGAUUCAAAUCCAAUUAUAAGGAUCUCUCCCCAUCGAUCAAACAACGACUCGUCCUCGAAAAUGAUGACGUCUCAUGGUCCGUCCAUGAUCUCCUGCCGGUAUGCGAAGAGUUGAAUAUACCAUUCUGUCUCGAUUUUCACCACCACAACAUAAUUUUUGAUUCUUCCCAGGUAAGGGAAGGGACCCUCGACAUCAUGAGUCUGUUUCCAAGGAUCAAAGCAACCUGGGAUAGGAAGGGAAUGAGGCAAAAAAUGCAUUACAGUGAAGCAACGCCAGAAGCUGUCACCCGUAACCAGCGACGCAAGCAUAACGCGCGUCCUUCAACCUUGCCUCCUUGUCCCAACGAUAUGGACCUCAUGAUCGAGGCCAAGGAUAAAGAGCAAGCUAUUUUCGAACUCAUGAGAACAUAUAAGCUACCUGGUUGGGAUAACUUUAAUGAUAUAAUCCCGUACGAGAGGGUGGAUGAAAACAAUGUUCAACCGAAGAAAUCGAAAAAGAAGUCGAAGAAACAAAUCAAGAAGGAGAUCGAGGAGUUUGGGAGAGAGCUGAGCGAAGCGGAGGAGGUGAAGGAGGAGAUUAAAGAGGAGGAUAUUGGGAUGGGAGGCAAGGAAAACAGAGUUUAUUGGCCGGUGGGGAUGGAGGAGUGGUUGAGGCCAAAGAAAAGGGAGGUCAAAAAGAAGAAUGGGAUGGACGAGGAGGAGAUUUUCAAAAAUCCAACGCCAGCUAACUUUGCUGCUCGGAAGGCAGUGAUGGCUCGGAAUAAAGAGCCAUUGAAUGACGAAACGAAAGAGAGGUUGAGAAACGCGACGAACGUGGCCGAUAUACAGAAGAUCUUGGAGGACAUCAAAAAGGAGCGAAUAGACCAAGCUGGUCAGGAGAAUGCUAAAAAUAGCAAGCCCAAAAAAGAGGCAAAACCUAAAAAGACCACUCCAGCAAAGAAAAAGACGGCCAAGAGUACGCAGAAACGAGGUGCCUCAAAUUUAGAAGACGAAGAAGAUGAAGACCUGAGCAUGCCUGAUUUAUCAUCUGCAGAUGAUGACGAGACUGGGGAAACAGCGAAAAUGACUGCAACCGCCGCCGAGCAGCCAAGGCAAAGUGGUAGGGUGAAAGGGAAGAGGAAGAGCUACGCGGAAACCGAGAUCGAUCAGGAAGAAGACUAGAGCUCUGGUUGGAUGCUUCCUCGUCCUUGAACUUAUAUCAAUCAACUUCGUUUGAGCUCCUCAACCUUUCUUUCCAGUGGAAAAGAAAGCAAAACUAGGAAUUUGUGAAGACAUAGGUUGUCAGAGUAUUUAUAUAAAACAAGCGAUCAGACAGCCUCUGUUCAUCUUUCAACUGUG